AUGAGUGAAAAAUUAUUAAAUUUAUUAGAAGAAACGGCAGUUCUUUUACAAAAGACACAAGUAAACUUAAAAAAGUGUCCGAAACAACGUUUAACAAAAUGUUAUAUUGAAACGAGAUUACAGUGCAUCGAAGAAUAUUGGCAAACAUUUAAAUCGACGCACCAGGACUUGGUUAAGUGUGUAACCAAAGAACAAAGGCCAAAUAUAUCAUAUUUUGUUAACGAAGAUUAUUUCAUCAUCGAGGAUUUGUACUUGUGUCUAAAGGGCGACUUGAAGGACAUGUUGAGCGUAAUACCAUCUAGGAGGUUGGAAUCUACGGACACCAUGGGCGUGACCGGAGGCCUGGCGUCACCGCCAGAAGUCAAACUACCUCGAAUACAGUUACCUUCAUUUGGUGGGAGUUAUGAAGAAUGGCCGUCUUUUAAUGAUUUGUUUUCGUCGCUGGUACAUAACAACAGUUCACUCAGUAAGGUUCAAAAGUUGCAUUAUUUAAAAUCCAGCAUAGUCGGAGAAGCGGAAGCGUUAUUAAAACAUAUUAAAAUUACAGAAGACAACUAUGAACACGCAUGGUGUUUAUUAAAGGAUAGGUAUGGAAAUAAAAGGCUUAUCGUUAACUCAAUAAUGAAAAGGUUAUUUGAACAAAAAAAGGUAAUUGCACAAACAGCUUUUCAAAUAAAAUUAUUACUAGAUACAACUACGGAAUGCUUAAAUAGUUUAAAUAACCUUCAGUUAUCUACCGAUUCUUGGGAUCCGUUAAUAAUAUUUCUGGUCGUACAGAAAUUGGACCCAGAUUCACAUAAAGCAUGGGAAGAGCAUGCCUACAAAACCAACCACGAUGAGUUACCUACCUGGAAGGAUUUAAGAAGUUUUUUGGAAUCAAAGUUUCGCACAUUAGAAUUAAUAACGCCAUCUUCAUCCAUUUCACGGGAAUCUAAAACAACAAAGGAAAGGUCAUUCCAUACGUCUGCUGUAUCUCCGACGAGAACUUGCAUAAAGUGUAAUGAAGAACACACUAUAAGUCACUGUAAAGAUUUUGCAAAGUUGACACCUGAGGAGAGGUCUGAGUUUGUAAGAAAUAAGAACUUAUGUUACAAUUGUUUGGCUCCAGGACAUACUGCAACGAAAUGUCGUCUUCAUGUGUCCUGUAAGAUAUGCCAUCGCCGACACCAUUCAUUACUACACCAACCAAAAGAUGUUAACAAGCCAAACAAUAUACAAGCUCACCUUAAUUACAUGGAACCCCUUGAGUAUGACAAGGGUGUAAAGGAGGAAGAAGUAGCAUUAUCAUCACACUUAGCAACAAGAAGAUCCACAUCGUUAUUGGCUACUGUAUUAGUACCUGUAAGAGAUGAGAACGGGCAUACGACGAUGUUACGCGCUUUAAUUGACCAAGGAUCGCAGGCAAACUUCAUAACUGAAAGAGCGGUACAAUUGCUAAGGUGUAAAAGAACGGCUGCAAUGGGUAAUGUAGUCAUAACGGGAGUUGGUUCAACACAAACAAGGGUUAAACAUGAAGUACAUCUCGAGCUUCUUUCUAAAUAUGACCACCAAUUCAAGCUUCGUAUAAACGCUUAUGUCAUGUCUACACGUUUAACCACUCUGCUACCAUCAAGUUUUAUCACUUAUCUCGAGCAAGCCUGGCCGCAUCUAGAAGGACUUAUCCUGGCCGAUCCUAGUUUUAACCAGCCAGGACGAGUAGACAUGCUGCUUGGAGUUGAAGUAUACGCCCAAAUAAUGAAGAAUAAUAUAAUCAAAGGACCCCCUGGUUCUCCAUGUGCGCAAGAAACAAACCUAGGCUGGAUCCUUUUUGGGACUGUUCGAGACAAUACUGUACGGGAUGAGAUACUGGUAAUGCAUCAUCACGUCAAUUUUGAUGAUAUGCUACAAACAUUGUGGGAAAUAGAUCCUGAAGUUUCUAAAAAACUUACGAAGGAUGAAGAAACCUAUGAACAAUUAUACAAAGAAAUUUACACAAGGAAUGAAGACGGGAGGUACAUAGUUAAGCUGACAUUCAAAAAUAAUAAUCAAAAGUCACUAGAAGGAAACACUAGAGAUAUAGCAAAAACUCGACUACUACAAUUAGAAAGGCGAUUUGUCAAAAACCCAAAAUUGAAGGAGGAAUAUGUUAAGGUUAUGGAAGAAUAUUUAAAACUACAUCAUAUGGAAGAAGUGCCACAAAAUGAUAUAAACAAGGCCGCAGUGUAUCUUCCACAUCAUCCAGUAGUCAAAGAAACGAGUGAAAAAACCAAGAUUCGAAUAGUAUUUAACGCCUUAUCUCCUGGAGCAAAUAAUGUUUCUCUUAAUGAUGAACUACUUGUUGGACCUCAACUUCAGGAAGAUAUGAGAUCAUUAAUGAUGCGGUGGCGACUUAGGAUAAUAUGUUUUGUAGCUGAUAUAGAGAAAAUGUAUCGCCAAAUCUUAGUAAAAAAGGAGGACGCAGAUUACCAGCGUAUUUUGUGGCGUAAUAACCACAUGGACUCUAUGAAAGACUACCGCUUAUUGAGGGUUACAUUUGGCACAGCUUCGGCACCUUACCUUGCUGUGAAAACUCUCCAACAAGUAGCUGACGACGAAGGCAAGGAUCAUCCAGUUGCUGCUAAAACAAUAAAAGAAGAUUUUUUUAUGGAUGAUUUAAUGUCUGGUCAAGAUAAUAUCACAAAUGCAAUAAAAACUGCAAAAGAAGUUUCAUAUAUUUUACAAAAGGGUGGUUUUAAAUUACAAAUAUGGGCGUCUAAUAGUUUGGAUUUUUUGAAGGAAUUCGAACCCAACGAACGAAGCUCUCUCAUUAAUAUUGAUUUAGAUGUACAUGGGACGGUGAGAGCACUUGGUUUAUCCUGGAACAUAGAAAAGGAUAUACUGGAGUACAAUGUUAAUUUACCAACGCCCUCUGAAAUCAUUACUAAAAGAGUCAUACUUGCAGAAAUCCAACGAUUGUUUGACCCACUCGGCUGGUUAACUCCAACACUCCUCCCUGCAAAAAUAAUAAUGCAGAAGUUGUGGCUAAAGAAAGUCUCUUGGGAUGAUGCCGUCGAACCUGAAAUUAAAAAAGAAUGGUUAGACAUAAGAAAUGGCUUAAAUCAACUAAAUGAGAUUAAAAUACCUAGAUAG